GAUUCAUAACUGUUAGAGAAUUGGCUCGUAAAAAUGCUCAUGUAUUCGUUGCAAGUCGUAAUAAAGAGAAAGGUGAAUCAGCCAUAGAACAAAUAAAAAAAGAAACAAAAAAUGAAGCUAUAGAAUUUUUGCAAUUGGAUUUAUCAAGUUUAAAUUCAGUUAAACAUGCUUCUGAAACAUUUUUGGCUAAAAAAUUACCAUUGCAUAUUCUUAUUAACAAUGCCGGUAUUAUGGCAACCGCAUUUGAACUAACUCAAGAUGGUAUCCAGGAUCAGUUUGGUGUUAAUCAUAUUGGUCAUUUUCUCUUCACAAUCUUAUUAUUACCAACCAUCAAAGCUUCGGCUCCAUCACGUAUUAUCAAUGUUAGCAGUAUCGCUCAUCGUGUUACUCCUCCAGCAGGAAUAGAAUUUGAUAAAUUGAAUGAUCCGAAUGCUCAUACUACCUUUCAAAGAUAUGGUCAGGCGAAACUCGCAAAUAUUUUGUUUACCAUUGAACUUAAUAAAAGACUUUCAGGAACCGAUACAGAAUUAUAUCGUAAUAUUUCUUCCAAUUGGGGAUCUUGGAUUAAGCCAUUUGUUUCUAUAGGAACAUUUUUCAUGUUAUCACCUGAAGAUGGUGCGUUAACACAACUCUAUUGUGCUACAAGUCCUGAAAUCGAAGAAAAAAAUUAUCGUGGAAAAUAUUUUAUACCAUUUGCUAAAUUAAGUGAAACUACUGUUCAAGGUAAAGAUGAAGAAUUAGCAAAAAAAUUAUGGGAUUUUUCUGAAAAUCUUGUUAAAGAAAAGUUGGGUGACGACGUUUUUAUGGUUCUAAUUGGUGUUAUAGAUGCCAAACAAAUUUUCUUAAACAUAAUUUCCACAAGUGGACUAGUGGUGACAUCAAAGAUUGAUUCAAUUAUUCAGCAAACACAGCUUGAUGCCAAAGUAUGUGUAAAUUAUCUUGAAUGGAUUUCAUUCGAUGAUUUUGAUUUUGUUAAAUACCACGCAAGAGGCACGUUCAGUGUCAUUUAUUCUAGUAUUUGGUUGGAUGAUCUUGCUGACAUUGGAUUAAAUGUUCCUGCUAAUG